ACAUAUAGAAGAUUCUCUCUUGGAUGGGAAGAAGAAGUAUAGAUAUAGAAUACCUAAUUAAUUAACCAUCCAUUGACCCUACUCAACUCUGUACUCGGAGUGAUGAUAAAAAGCUCUUGGCGCACUAACUUACCAACCAGUUGGUUAACAGUUUCGCAUGUCCGAAGUCUUCACUGCGAGCUAAGGUAAUAAGAUUGAGAUAGAAACUGAAACUACAUCGCUAUGGCUAUGGCUAUUCCAACAUUGAAGAUGUUGCGGCUAACGAUGAUGAUAUUUGCCGGAUUGGCGGUUCUAGUUGCGGGUGAAGAAAUGAAUACAACUUCUUCAGCUUCUCCAAAGGUACAAGUGUCAAUUACUACGACGACUACUCCUCCACCACCACCUCCAACAACAACAACAACACCAGCACCGCAGUUAGGAGCUGUUAUGGACAUUUUCCAAGCUCCAUUAGCUGCCUUUAAGCCAAAAAAGCACGACAAAACUGAAAUGACAAUGGGCAGAGAUCAGCAAAGUUCAGCUGCAACUCCAGUCCCCUCGAAUAUUUUUUUCAAGGCUGGAAGUGGUCUGGGAUCAGCAGCGAGUUCCUUGACCGGAUGGUUUAACAAUCGCAUGAUUCCCCAGGCACUCCGACCUUCAAGCACAACCACUCCUCGUCCAGAACUCAUGUUUGAAAUAGUCCCAAACCAACAAAUCAAACGCAGGAUCGUAUUGGCAUCGGAAAACGGAAGAAAGCCACUCCGUAACCGCCAAAGACCGGUGAUUGCUGAUGAUUCAGAGGACUUAGAAGAUGAUGAAGAACAAUACAACACUAAUGAAGACGAGGAGUAUGACCCGAACUCGAACUUUUCGUACGACACAAAAGAAGACAACGAUGACGACGAAGAGGAUGAUUAUCAGCCCCUCGAAAAACGAAAGCCUUCUAAAAAGUCACAAAAACAACCAAAUAAGCAAUACUAUUACAUAGAAGAGGAAAUCUUCGACAGUGAUGAUGACGAUUUGGAUUCCGAAGUCGAAGUCCAAAUGCCCAAGAGAAAACCUCCACGUAAACAGCAAACCCAACCAAACAGGCGGCGAAAGAAUCCUCCUCAAAAAAAGAAGCAGCAGAAAAGGAGGAAGCCUGUGAGAAAAGUCCAAAAUCCUCAGAUGGUUCAAGUUAUGCAAAACCGCCCAUCAUAUCAAACGCAAGUCAAGCGUAAGCGACGUCCAUCAUCAUCAACUUUUGAGUUGGUUCCAAUAAGUCAGAAUCAAGCCAUCAACUCGAUUCAAAAGAAGAAACCGAGCUCUUUUACCGAAAGCAAUCAACAGCGACCCAGUUCGCAAUUCCUCAAUAUUCCUUGGUCAAGUUUGGGUUUCGCUGGGCCUCCAAAAGACCCUGCUUCAGGUGAUCAACAAUCGAAACCCAUUAUCGUUAGAAUUCCACAGCAGAAUAUUAAACGCAAAAAACGCCCCACUAAGAAACAAACCACAAAUGUUGUGAAGAAUCAAAGACGUAAGCCGCUCAGAGGUCAAUUGCAGAAUCAAUCACCGGUGUUUUCCAUACUGAGUGAAGAUCAAGUUCGAGAAAUCUUCAAAACUCAGAUUAACGAAGAACAGCAGAUGAUGCCACAGACCUCCCAUUCUCCGAUGAUCUUGGACAACCAAAAGAAACCACCGAAGAAAGAGAGUGAAGAAAUGUCUUCCAACAAUAAUGAAGGUACUGAACAACAGGAUAAUCCUCAAGCUGGAUCAGAAGCAGCAUCAGAUAACGACGAAGAUUCAAAUAAUUCGUUUAUCGUAGUAGGGCAGGCUGAUGAUGAAGAUGACAAGGAAAUUGAUACAAACCUUUACAGGCAUUAUAGCAACUAUCGGGGUUUCAAGCGGAUUAGAGCAGAGCCAAGGUACAGUCAUAAUGAGGAAGAGGAUCUUGAUUACGAUUAUGAGCGAUGAGUAAAGGAUUUUCUUUGAUCAGGAUUAUAUCAAUGGAAUUUUGAAAUAAAAACGAACUGAUUUAAUAUAUUUCUGUCAAUUUUUAAUAUAUUUCUGUCAAUAUCUUCAUACCGACAUAACCUCACGUUUUAUGUGAAUUUCUCAUCAAAUAAAAGAAUACAAGUAAAUUUAA